AUGUUUGCAGUAAUCUCUCUUUCAAUUCUUCCAGGCUUUCUUUUAGCCUGUGCUCCUACUUUACCAGAAAGACAAGUUAUUGUACUAGCGCAGAUGGACCAACUUCCUGUACAGUUUGUCUACGGUAAUAGCUCAGAAAUACCAGGAGUAGCCGAGAGUAAAGAAGAUGUGAUCCAUUUCAUCGCAUCAGGAAUGAAAAAAGCGGUAAUUGAAGCAAUGGAUGAGGAUGACUGGAAAGUGUCUUUGAUGUCGUAUGAUAUAUUUGACCAGAACAUUACGGUAUCCCUCUCGUGCGAGCCUUUGCAGUGCAACGCAAAUAUUACAUUUGACGAUGAAUGCCCUAAGGAUACUGAUAGCAAGUGCUGCGCUGUGACAAACGACCUUGUCGAAGCUACAGGUGAUCCAAAUGAAAAAACAUCUACUCCAGUUUCGUCUUACAAAUCAAUCAAACUGAUACUGACUACUAACGAUUACUUUGCUGCUUAUUUCGACAUCGAAAAAAGAAGUCAUCUCACGACUGUGGAGCGAAAGUUGAGAAAAUACGACAACGCUUUUGCUAGUGUCCAUUUGAAAUGA